CGUUAUCAGUGAGCGCCAGUGCAGAGAAGAGCGGAAUCUGCGAUCGAGGAGGCAGAUUGCGCCCGACCGCUGCACGAGAAGGAGACACCCCAGGCCGUCGAAAAUGUCGAACCUCGUCUGUGUGGACGACUUUGCGAGGGAAGCCCACAGCAUCCUGCCGCGCAACGCCCUGGAGUACUACCGCAGCGGGGCCGAUGGAGAGGUGACGCUGUCGCUCAACCAGGAGGCGCUCAGGAGGCUGCGCAUCCGGCCGCGCAUGCUGCGCGACGUGACGCACCGCAGCACCGAGACCACCGCCCUGGGCGCGCGCCUGGCCGUCCCCAUCGGCGUGUCGCCCACGGCCAUGCAGCGCAUGGCGCACCCCGACGGCGAGAUCGCCAACGUCAAGGGUGUUUGUCGGGCGUCCUGCUUUGUGGGGCCUGACCCACAGCGGCCAGGCUGGAGUAGAGAAGGUGCUUGGCAUCCUCAAGGAGGAGCUGGACCGAUCCAUGGCGCUGGCAGGGUGCAGCAAUUUGAAACAGAUCGUCAAGAACAUGGUCGUGCAUGAAUCGUUUUACCACAAACUAUGA